UUCAUGCGCAGCGCCGGCAGCUCCCCGAUCAUGCCCAUUGGGCCGACGAUCGGCGGCGCCGCAGUCACGAGCGCGGCGUCGCCCCGUCUCCAACAGCUCUACCGCGCGGUCGUCGUCAUCAUUGGCGCUUGCGUGCUCGUGCUUGUGGCCUUUGAUACGAUUGCCAACAACUGGUCCUUGAACGACUACAUUGGCAACGGCAACUGCUUCAAGACACCGAUCGCGACCGUCUUGGAUAUCUCGGGCGUCUCGGCGUCGUAUCGGUUUCGCCUCGACCUUGCGCUCGAAGAUGUUUCCCAAAUCGGAGGUUGGAUGCUCAACUACACUUUGAGCGAGCUGAUCGGUGCCAACACCGACUACUACGUUGUCUCGGCCGGCACGUACCAAGUGCCCGCGACCACAGAUCUCUGCAGCACGUUUGAAGGCGAGUACCUAGUCGACCUGCGCGCCGACUCGUUCAAGAUUGCCGUCAUCACCAACUCGAUCACGUUCAUGCGCGGCAGUGCAUGGAGCCACCUGUUUACAAAAGACACGUCCGAGAGGCUGGCGACGUCCAAAAUGCGCAGCAAUGAGCUCUUGGAUUUGGGCUAUGUGCCCACACGCCUCACAGUCGAUCUGCGCUUGUCCGACCCGUUCAACAUUGCCAAUACGUCGUCGACCCAACACGUCAUGAUGAGCUACUACCGGAUCUUUCCGCGAAGCUUUUGCAGCGGGUGCACGCCCGUGGUGGAGCUCGGGCAUGGAAGUUGCAACUUUACCGUCGUGUACGACGACGCCACGGCCUCCAUGACGGUGCUCCGUAGUGCGAACGUCGACAUGUCGACGUACAAACUCGGGUUGAUGCUGCCAAAGUCGUCGUUCUCGUCCGCGGCGCACUACCUCAAGGUGAUUGCGAUUGCAUUUGCGAUCGGUGGGUACCUCGGGAGUCGCAAAACUGUGCAGUGGAAAGAAGUCAACCAUGCCGAGGCCGACUCGAUUUUUGCCAAAGUGUUGCGGACCGUGUCGCCCAAGUAUUUUCCGUACCCGAGUUUGGCGCUUCGCUUUGGAAUGUUUUGCUACAACUCCGACUGGUUUGUGCUACUCUUUGCCAUCAGCACACUGCUCGACAUGGGCAACUGGUUCGUCGCAAUGCGCAACAUUCAAUUGUACAACAAACUCGUGCCGCAAUUUGGCAUUUCGCUGCAGCUCUACGCGCUCUGCGUCCGUCUCUUGUGGAUCAACUGUCUAUUUCUCAAAGUACUCAAACUCGGCUGGAGCAUCCUGAGCACGGCGUCGUACAAUGGCGAGAGUCGACUCAUGGGCUACUGCAACUUGUCGAGCGUCACGUUCUUGUAUCUGAGCGCCGCGCUCUUAUUUUACGUCCCGGCGUUUGUCGAGUACAACAACAGCGUCAGCAUCGAGCUAUCGUACACGUCACAGAUCCUCGACCCGAUUCAUGUCGAUGCCUUUAAUGGCUUUUAUCUCCGCUGCAUCCCGUCGAUUGUUGUGCUUUUGGUUGUGAAUGUUCUCGGUAUCACGACGCUCGACCAUGUCUUUCGGUACAAACACUGGGCGUUUCUCGCGAAAAAUUCGCUGGCGCGUCAAGCCAUCUUCAACAGCAGCUCGAUCGUCUGCGACUACCUCGAUGAUAUUGUACCCGAUCCGGACGUCGACAGCCAAGGGUCGCUGCUCAUCUGCAAGGCGCGCCGGCUCAGUACGCUGCAGUGGUUUUUCAUGAACCAUUUGCGCUGCUUUGGGCUGCCCGAGAAGGAGCUCCGCGCCAAGAAAAAAAUGAUGCAAACUUCCACCGCGAUGACGUCGACGUCGAGCGAAGAUGUCAAGGGCAACAGCAAAUGCAUCGUUGCGCAAGACAGCGACGGCCAUGUUCACUUGUUGGAUGGUGGCUUGAACGAUGUGACGGCACUUGUGUACAACAUCAAAAUUCUUAAAGACUCGACCGUCGCGAUUCAGUAGCAUAUAUAUGUUUUCAAUGUUAACAACAACCGUGAAAAGU